AUGGCGAUUAGUUUUGCUACUUCUUUUGCAGUUGCAGAGACAGGUCGUAGUUUCAAUUGUGAUUAUUCGUCUUCUGUGCACUGUUUUAGUGAUCAAGUUAGAUUUUUCGGGAGGAGUCGUAGUAGAAUUAAGCCAUUGGUAUAUUCGUAUUCAUCAAGCCCUAGAUGUGAGAUAUCGGUGGUAGAAAAGGAAUCGAAUGUUUCAGGUUUGGAGGUUCUGAAAACAUCUGAUCGAUAUACAAAUAUGAGUAGCAACAUUAUGGUUAUAGGACUUAACAUUCAUACCGCACCAGUUGAAUUGCGGGAGAAAGUAUCUAUCCCUGAAUCAGAAUGGCCUCAAGCAAUUCGCGAAUUAUGUUCCUUAAAUCACAUCGAAGAAGCUGCUGUUUUGAGUACUUGUAACAGAAUUGAGAUAUAUGUUGUCGCGCUUCCAAAAAAUCGCGGAAUUAAAGAAGUGACUGAAUGGAUGUGUACGUAUAGUGGAGUUUCUGUUACAGAGUUACGUGAACACCAGUUUUUGCUGUAUAAUAAAGAUGCUACACAACACCUGUUUGAGGUAGCUGCUGGAUUAGAUUCACUAGUAUUGGGAGAAGGUCAAAUUCUUGCGCAGGUUAAGCAGGUUGUUAAGAAUGGACAGGGGGAAAGGGUGCCUGGAUUUGGUAGAAAAAUAAGCGAGUUGUUCAAGCACGCAAUCACAGCGGGUAAGAGGGUUAGAACUGAUACAAAUAUCUCCAGUGGAUCAGUAUCAGUUAGUUCAGCGGCGGUGGAGCUUGCUCUGCUGAAACAUAUUCCAGAUUCUUCUUCUACGUCCCCUCGAGUGUUGAUUGUUGGAGCUGGAAAAAUGGGAAAACUUGUGAUCAGACAUUUGAUUGCUAAAGGGUGUAAAGAGAUGGUUGUCGUAAACAGGACAGAAGACAGAGUUGCUGCUAUCCGUGAGGAAUUGAAUACAGAUAAUGCUGGUGUUAUAAUAGAGUACAAACCAUUCUCGGAAAUGUUAUCAUGUGCUGCACAGGCUGAUGUGAUAUUCACCUGCACUUCUUCGAAAGAUCCUUUAUUCAUAAAAGAGAGUGUUCAAGCUGCUCUCCGUUGUGUGAACUCCUCCCGGAGUAGGCUAUUUAUUGAUAUUUCUGUUCCUCGGAAUGUGGAGUCUAGUGUAUCAGAACUUGAAGGUGCAUGUGUUUACAAUGUGGACAAUCUUAAUGAGGUUGUGGAAGCUAAUAAGGAGGAUCGGUUACGGAAGAAAAAGGAAGCUGAGGUCAUAAUUGCUGAGGAAGUGAAAAAAUUUGAAGCACUUAAAGACUCUCUUGAGACUGUUCCAACUAUCAAAAAGCUGAGGGCGUGUGCUGAAAGAAUUAGGGCUGCUGAGGUUGAAAAGUGUUUGUCUAAGAUAGGUGAUGAUGAUCUCUCCGAAAACAACAAGAAGGCGAUCUAUGAUCUCAGUCUAGCGAUAAUAAACAAGAUGCUACAUGGACCAAUGCAGCAUUUGAAAUGUGAUGGAACUCAAAACCGGAAUUUGAGUGACAUACUUGAAAAUAUGCAUGCCCUUAACAGAAUAUUUGAUCUUGAUACAGAGAUGGAUGACAAGUUACAAGCCAAGCUACAAGAAAAUCAAAAGCAAUCUUCUUGA